AUGUCUGGAUAUCCCGGCGCUCAAUAUGGGCGCGGCCAAGGAGGCUAUGGUCCGCCUCCCCAAGGCUACGGCUACCCGCAACAACAGCAGGGCUACUAUCCUCCUCAACAGCCUCCUCAGGGAGGUUAUUAUCAGCAGCCGCCCCCGCAGCAGGGCGGGUACUAUCCUCCUCAACAGGGUUACGGACAACCGCAGCGGGGUUACCCGCCUUCCCCGCAGCCUCCCCAGCAGCAAUAUCACCAGGGCUAUGGUGCGCGCCCUUCCGGACAUUAUCCCUCCCAUAGCCAGAGCAGCCGUGCCCCGCCUCCGCCCCCGAGCGGCAUGCAACAGUUCGGCCACGGCGCGCCCUCCAACUACGCCUACCAAUACUCGAACUGCACCGGAAAGAGGAAGGCGCUUCUUAUCGGAAUCAACUACUUUCGCCAAAAGGGCGAGCUGAGGGGUUGCAUCAACGACGUGCGCAACCUGUCCAACUUCUUGAUGACCAAACACCGCUUUCGAAGGGAGGACAUGGUGAUUCUUACCGACGAUCAGCCCGAUCCUAGGAGUCAGCCGACGAGGCAAAAUAUUUUGAGGGCGAUGGCUUGGCUGGUGAACGGCGCGCAGCCGAAUGACUCGUUAUUCUUCCACUAUUCUGGCCACGGUGGUCAAACCCGCGACCUUGACGGCGACGAAGACGACGGCUACGACGAAGUCAUCUACCCCGUCGACUACAAAUCCGCCGGCCACAUUGUCGACGACCAGAUCCACGACAUCCUCGUCAAACCCCUGAAACCAGGCGUCAGGUUAACAGCCAUUUUCGACUCUUGCCACUCGGGCUCGGCGAUGGAUCUCCCGUACAUCUACUCGACGAAGGGCAUGCUCAAGGAGCCCAACCUUGCCAAGGACGCCGGCAUGGGUCUCCUGAGCGCGGUCUCGGCGUACGCCAAGGGUGAUAUUGGCGGUGUUGCUAGCUCCAUUUUCCAGUUUGCCAAGAAGGCUACGACGGGAGAUGACGCGUACAACAAAACCCUGCGCACGAAAACGUCGCCUGCGGAUGUUAUUAUGUGGUCCGGGAGCAAGGACAGUCAGACAUCUGCCGAUGCGACGAUCAAUUCUCAGGCUACGGGUGCCAUGUCGUGGGCCUUUAUGACGGCGCUCGACAAGAAACCUCAGCAGAGUUAUGUGGAAUUGCUCAACUCUAUACGAGACUUGCUGGAAGCGAAGUACUCUCAGCGUCCCCAGCUGUCUUCCAGUCAUCCAAUUGACACGAAUCUUCUCUUCAUUAUAUAG